CGACCCUACAGGGCCCUAAAAAAUUGGGGUAUUAGCACCCAACCCUGCCAACAAUAACAAUUCCAGAAACAAUAGUUAGUUAACUACCUGCUCAAAUAAAACAUCAAGUAACGACAACUUAUUGAAGCAACCCCCCCUCUAGCUUUUAUAACAACCUUACCUACUUACAUCGAACUUUAAUAACUAAAUCCAAGGAGAAAUUAAAAAAAAAAGCAAUAUCAAGCAAGGCCUAUGAAAUUCUCAUCGGCUUUCUCGGGCCUCGCGGCCCUGGCCCUCGCAAGCGUAGCCAAGGCCGCCGACCGAACCGCCGCCAUAUACAUCCAGCCCGUGUCGCCCUCGCCCACCGCGCCCUCGCUGCUCGCCGAGAUCCAGUACAACCCCGUGAUGGCCGCGUCCGACGCAGAAAUCCUCUCGUACGAAGCGCCCGAGAUACCCGCGGACGCGCGGCUGGUGCGCGUGGGCGUGUACGACCCGUCGGCGAAGCGGUGGGUGUCGUCGACGUCGGUGGCGUCGGUGGACAACUUCGGCAAAGGGUACUCGCCCACGCUGAUGCUGUCGGUGGACGGCAAGGGCGAGGUGUUUGGCGCGGCGCUGCGGGGGGUGCGGAUCGAUGCGGGACAGACGAGGGAUUUUGGCCCGCAGGUGCUGGUGUUGGGCGCGGCGCCGGGGAAGCAGCCUGAGCUGAACAGGCCGGUCGUGCUGUCGCCGGAGGGAAAGAAGGCGGAGCCGGAGGAGAAGUCGUUUAUUCAGAAAUACUGGUGGUUGAUAGGGAUAGUCGUCAUGCUAACGAUGAGCGGAGGAGGUGGGGAGCCGGCCAAAUAAUAGACUACUGCUUUAUGCUUGCUGAAGCGAGUAUUAGAAAUACACUUUGAUGUUGUUUCUAUUCCUUAUAACUAUUUCUGUGCUUUCUCUACUUGUGACUACCUAGUGGUGCUCUCUGGAUUUCUGGUCUGCUGUAUACUUCGUAGUACCUAAUCUCAUGGAUAUCCCAGAAAGUUUUUAUAAUCCUACAUAACUACAAGUUGUACCUACGUAUGUUGUAUUAAAUAAUAGAUUUGUGAGUCCCAGUGUCUAUUCCCAAGUCUCAAUAUUAAAGUGUUACAAAGCACAGUUUCGAGUGCUCAAAUU